AUGGCCGGAUGUGAUAUGCCUCAACCAAGAGCAAGACUCCGCUGUCUCCGCAAUAAGGACGCUCAGGAAUUGGCAGAAAUAAGGGAAGAAGGUUUACGUGCAGCACUUGACUGGAGACCAAGUAUUGAUGGAGUAUUUAUACCAAAACACCCACGAGAACUACUGGGAGAAAACGUGACAUCCGGGCUUCGAUAUAUGGUAGGUGCUACCUCCCAUGACGGAAGCAUCUUCACACUUCCUUUAGCAGGGAAUCCCCCUACUGUUGCCCAGCAACGCUUCAUUCUCGAAACUUAUGCAUCACUGCUAUAUCAGUUUAAGAUGGAAAGUGCAGAAGUCGCUGUUGCUAGGUCUUCUCUUAAUGAAUACGGUCUCAUUCAAGACCCCAUGGAUCCUUUGGAUAUUCUGACUCGGGCGGUGCAGCUAAUCACUGACCUUUUCUAUGGAAUGCCAGCAGAGGAGUCGGCAAGAUUGAACGCAGCCGGAGGUACCAAAACGUAUAGAUACCAAUUGUCAGUCCGUCUUGGCUAUCCACCUUCUUUCUUACCAAAGGCUGCUUUUGUAGGAGCUGAACAUUAUGAUACAGCCAUUUUGUACUAUGGCGUGUUUGAACAGCAUCCGGAUGUAUAUAACUUGACAGCUGAGGAAUUGGAGCUUGGAAGAAACAUCAGGCGCUACAUAGCCAACUUUGCCAAAAAUGGUGACCCAAAUGUUGGAUACGCGGUCAGCGUCCAGUGGCCAGUCUAUACAGCGUCUUCCAGACAAUUCAUCAAUCUAGACAUACCCACCACCAUAGAAACAUUCGAUAGGGAGCGCCAGUAUCUGUUUGCAACCGAGGUACUUCCGGCCAUAGUGAGAGUGGGUAAAGAGGCUGACACGGUGGACACACGACCUCGUCAAUCCCAACCAUGCUCUAGGGGAAUUUGGAGAACAUAUCGGACACCCAGUGUCCUCAGUCGUUGGUAUUUCAAGCGGUUGAUGAGGAAUGGUUAG